GUCUCGCGUUCAGGAUGAUGGAGCUCAAGAAUUGGUCAACACAUCUGAAGGUCCCUGCGAGCGAGGAUCACAUCUCCAAUGUAUGGAUCAACGACGACAUCCGUCCCCUUCCCCCACACAGACGGACUUGGUCUCGAUGGGCAUCGCUCUCUCCAACUGGCAGCUUGGGGGAUCUCUCGUCGCCACUGGUAUCUCUGUGUGGCAGACCAUCAUCGCAAUCAUCAUCGGUAAAGUCAUCAUUGCGCUGGUAGCGAUCGCGAACGGCUAUGUUGGUGCUACCUGGCAUAUCGGCUUCUGUGUAGUAUCUCGUUAUGUUUGGGGCGUCAAAGGACAGUACGUGGCUCUGCUACAGCGUAUUGUCCUGAGUCUGGUCUGGUUCGCCGUACAAUCUUGGACUGGUGGUCUUUGCGUACAGAAUGUACUUGCUGCAAUCUUUCCUAGUUUCCAGCAUAUGAAGAAUCACUUCCCGGCCAGUGCAAAUCUGGAUACGAAACAGUUCAUCGGGUGGGUCCUCUUCAACGUCAUCAUGGCUCCCAUCAUAUACAUCAGACCUGAGGGCAUGAAACAUGUCGUCUUGUGGAUGACUGUGGUCUCGGGUAUCACCUUGGUCUGCAUCACAAUCUGGGCGUUGUCUGCGGCACACGGUGCCGGUCCUUUGCUCAAUCAGUCGUCGACUACCACGGGCAGCGAAGAGUUAGGCUGGAGCAUUACAAUGGGUGUUACCACUGUGAUUGGGAACAUUGCCGCUGGACUCGUCAAUCAGAUGGAUUAUUCUCGCUUUGCAAGGCGUCCUGGCGACCAGGUGUUUGGCCAAUGGAUCUCGAUCAUCGGAUUGGGCAUCAUCAUGCCACUCUUCGGCUGCCUCACAUCCUCAGCCACACAGAAGAUAUAUGGCGAGGCGCUUUGCUCAAAACUAAUCAUCUCGUCAGGANACCCGCCAGAUAUCGUGCAAAAGUGGUUGGAUACUGACUACAAUGCAAAGUCGCGCGCGGCUGCCUUCUUCGCUGGGUGCGGCUUGGUGACAUCGCAGCUUGCAAUCAAUACCAUCGACAAUGCAUUCUCGGCCGGUAUGGAUAUUGCUGGUCUGUUCCCUAGCUACAUCAACAUCAGACGCGGAGCCUAUCUUGCUCUUGUGAUCAGCAUCGCGCUCUGUCCGUGGCAAUUGCUCGCAUCUGCAUCGACGUUCAUCAGCGUCCUCUCUGCUUAUAGUGUAUUUCUUGGACCGAUGUCUGGUAUCAUGAUCUGCGACUACUGGCUGGUAAGGAGAAGGAAGUUGAAGCUUUCAGAUCUCUACCACGGUGACAAGGAUGGCGUCUACUACUUCUGGCAUGGCGUCAAUUGGCGAAGUUUCCUGGCCUGGAUCUGUGGUUGGAGCUACCUUAUCCCCGGUCUUGCACAUGCAGUCGGAGCUAAAGUCAGCGUACCUGCCGCUUGCAUCAAGCUUUACUAUCUUGCCUAUCCACUGGGCUUCGUAGUCAGCUCCACUAUCUACUACGCACUGAACCUUGUUUGGCCUCCUCAAGGACUGGGCGUCAUCGAUGAGGUGGACGAGUUCGAUACCUUCACAAUGAUUGAAGGCCAGAAGCUCGGAGUCCUGUCCCCAGUGAUACAAGGCUCAGUACGAGUAGGAGAUGAUGAACUUCAGCGACCGGAAGAGAAGACCAGUGUACUCUGCAAG